AUGGCAUCAAUUGAACAAACUGAUACAGAAGUCAUUUUGAAAACAGCUGAUGGAAUUGUUUCCGCACGGGUUUUGCUUAAGGGAGCAACAGUUUUAUCCUGGAAAGUUCAUGGUCAAGAACAACUUUGGCUAUCCGAGUCAGCCAUUCUUGACGGAGAUAAAGGCGUACGUGGAGGUAUUCCAUUAGUAUUUCCUCAUUUUGGCCCGGUCACUAAAUCAUAUGUGACUUCUGGAGAGACUCUUCCACAACAUGGAUUUGCUCGAAACUCUCAAUUUGAGUUCCUGGGUCAAAUAUCAGACUCCCCUCUCUCUGUUCAAUUUGGAUUGGGCCCUGAAAAUGUACCAGAAAAACUUCAAAGACUUUGGCCUUACAACUUUACGCUUAUUUUUACUGUUACCCUGGACAAGAGUAUUCUUCAGACUUCUAUUUCUAUUGAAAAUCCUAAGAUUGGUGUACCAGAUGCCGAAUUGAAAAAAUGGGAUUUUAAUUGGCUUUUCCAUACAUAUUUCCAUGUUCCUAACGGUAUUGAUUCUAUUUCUGUUACAGGUUUGAACAACCUUGAUUAUUAUAAUAAAGUCCUUGACUCUAAUGCUCAUGAAGACAGUGAAGAAAUUAUUGUCACUGGUGAGCUUGAUCGUGUUUACAAAAAUACUAACCCAUCUUGCCCAGUUUUUAUUAAUGACUCCGGCUCUCCAAUUUUUGAAAUCAUAAGAGAAAACCUUGACGAUAUUGUUGUUUGGAACCCAUGGGAAAACAACAUGGGUGAUUUUAGUCCUAAAACUGGAUUUAACGACAUGAUCUGUGUUGAAGCUGGUACUGUUUCUCAUUCUGUGACCUUAAACCCUGGCGAGAAAUGGGAAGCAUCUCAGACUAUUAAAUCUAAUCUUUAA